AGAGCUCCACGUGUCUUUCUUCAAGCUAAGUUCGUUACUACUAUUUUCAGCUCUCACUCUCAAAGCUCUCUCUUCCUCUACUCUCUGAAACUUCAAUUUCCUUGUCAAAAUCAGAUUUCAAAUCCGUGGGAAUUCAAAUUUCAGGGAAAACAAAAUUCAUGCUAACCACGAAGUUACGAAAAUGACCCUCUCGCCCACUCUCUCUCUACCGCAUUCUUCUUCACCUCUUUCCUCCUCUCCGCUCUUCACGUUCCCAGCCAGGAGCCCUAGAAGAUUCUUCUUCUUCCACCGGAUAUUCCUCUCCGCCGGCGACCGGAGAUCCCUCGCCGGAAAACCGAGAGCAAAGCCGAAGGAGCUCGUCCUCGGAAACCCGUCGGUGACGGUGGAGAAAGGGAAGUACAGCUACGACGUCGAAACCCUAAUCAACAAGCUGAGCAGCCUCCCGCCGCGCGGAAGCAUCGCGCGGUGCUUGGAGAUGUUCAAGAACAAGAUGUCGCUGAACGACUUCGCGCUCGUGUUCAAGGAGUUCGCGCAGCGCGGAGAUUGGCAGCGGUCGCUUCGUCUCUUCAAGUACAUGCAACGACAGAUCUGGUGCAAACCUAACGAGCACAUAUACACGAUCAUGAUCAGUCUGCUCGGCCGCGAGGGAUUGCUCGACAAGUGCCGCGAGGUGUUCGAUGAAAUGCCUGGCCAAGGCGUGGCUCGAACGGUGUUCGCGUACACCGCGGUGAUCAACGCCUAUGGCCGCCACGGUCAGUAUGAGGUCUCUCUUGAACUUUUAGAUAGAAUGAAAAAGGAAAUGAUUUCGCCGAGUAUAUUAACGUAUAAUACUGUUAUCAAUGCUUGUGCUAGAGGUGGUUUGGAUUGGGAGGGAUUGUUAGGAUUGUUUGCUGAAAUGAGACAUGAAGGGAUUUUACCUGAUCUUGUUACUUACAAUACUUUGCUUAGUGCUUGUGCUCAUAGGGGUUUAAGCGAUGAGGCCGAGAUGGUUUUUAGGAAUAUGAAUGAGGGAGGAAUAGUUCCUGAUAUAACUACUUAUAGUUAUUUAGUCGAGACGUUUGGGAAAUUAGGUAAGCUCGAGAAGGUUUCGGGGCUACUUAAGGAAAUGGAAUUAGGAGGUAAUUUGCCUGAUAUAAUGUCGUAUAAUGUGUUAUUAGAGGCAUACGCGAAAUUGGGAUCUAUUAAGGACGCAAUGGGGGUGUUUAGGCAGAUGCAGGCUGCAGGGUGUGUGCCAAAUGCGGCUACUUAUAGUAUUUUGUUGAAUUUGUAUGGGAGGAAUGGGAGGUAUGAUGAUGUUCGCGAGCUUUUUCUCGAGAUGAAAGUGAGCAAUACGGAGCCGGAUGCAGCUACGUAUAACAUUUUGAUACAGGUGUUUGGUGAGGGUGGGUAUUUUAAGGAGGUGGUGACUUUGUUUCAUGAUAUGGGGGAGGAGAAUGUGGAACCGAAUAUGGAAACUUAUGAGGGGUUAAUAUUUGCUUGUGGGAAAGGGGGGCUCCAUGAGGAUGCCAAGAAAAUUUUGGUUAAGAUGAAUGAGAAAGGGAUAGUGCCUAGUUCUAAGGCUUACACUGGGGUUAUUGAGGCAUAUGGGCAAACUGCAUUGUAUGAGGAAGCUCUUGUUGCCUUUAAUACAAUGAACGAAGUGGGGAGUGGGCCGACUGUUGAAACCUACAACUCGCUGAUUCAUGCAUUUGCGAGGGGCGGAUUAUACAAGGAGUGUGGAGCUAUUUUACACAGAAUGGGUGAGUCUGGUGUUGCACGAAAUGUGGAUUCCUUCAAUGGUGUGAUUGAAGCUUUUCGGCAAGGAGGCCAAUUUGAAGAAGCUGUAAAGACAUACAUUGAGAUGGAAAAGUCAAGAUGUGAUCCUGAUGAACGGACCCUUGAGGCAGUUUUAAGUGUUUACUGCGUCGCAGGUCUUGUUGAUGAGAGUGUGGAGCACUUCCAGGAAAUUAAAUCUUCAGGAAUAUUGCCCAGUGUCAUGUGCUAUUGCAUGAUGCUAGCCGUCUAUGCAAAGAGUGACAGGUGGGAUGACGCCUAUGAGUUGCUGGAUGAGAUGCUGAAAAAUAGGGAAUCAAGUAUACAUCAAGUGACUGGACAGCUGAUCAAGGGAGAUUAUGAUGAUGACUCUAACUGGCAGAUGGUAGAGUAUGUCUUUGACAAACUUAACUCUGAAGGAUGUGGUUUGGGAAUGAGGUUUUAUAAUACUCUUUUAGAAGCACUUUGGUGGCUGGGCCAGAAACAAAGGGCCGCAAGAGUGCUCAGCGAAGCAUUAAAGAGGGGAAUUUUUCCUGAACUCUUCCGUAAAAACAAACUCGUGUGGUCUGUGGAUGUACACAGAAUGUGGGAAGGUGGAGCAUAUACAGCAAUAUCAGUUUGGCUAAACAAUAUGUAUGAAAUGUUCAUGAAUGGGGAAGAUCUUCCUCAACUAGCAAGCGUUGUUGUAGUGAGAGGGCAGAUGGAAAAAAGCUCAAUUUCACGGGACUUUCCCAUUGCAAAGGCUGCCUAUUCAUUUCUGCAGGAUAAAGUGUCAUCAUUCUUUUCUUUCCCAGGCUGGAACAAGGGUCGGAUUAUCUGCCAGCGAUCACAGCUCAAGCGGAUUUUGUCGGGCAUAGAGUCAUCCUCAGAUGGGACCAAAAAGGACAAAAUAAUUGAUUUGAGUAACUCCCCCUUUAAUCUUCCUGGAACAAGAACUCCCAGAAGUGAUGUAAUGAAUGGUCACAAAAAAGAUGCUGACUCUGAAAGCAGAAUUAUGACAAGAACAGAGAUGAUACCAAGCACAGUUUAAAAGAGAGAAUGAAAUGCAUUCAUCAGUGUUCAAGGGCUUGAUAAAAAAAUCUUGGCCUCCCUAUUUCAGUUAAAAAGGAAGAGGAGGUGAACAUUUGUGAAUGAAUUUGCUGGAGAAUGUGUUAUGGUCUUUACAAAGUUAACAAUCAGCUUGCCAGCAAUGGAAUCAUAAUGUUACUUGCACGAUAACAGGUUAAAGCUCAGUUAGUCACUAUUAACAGCUUGAUCAAAAUUCAGUUUUGUUCCCUGUAUUUAGCAUUGGGGAAUUUCAGGUGAUGAAUAGCAUUGUGAUUUUGUAGCUUUAGAUUAUUCUUUUCAUAUGUAAAUGUACAUUAUAUAUAUUUUUUCCACUCCUAAUAUUUAGAAUAGUUGAAGGGUCA